AUGGGCUGGUUACUUGGUAUCAACAUUGAUGAACUUGAAUUGAUUGAAGAAACUGUUCAUUUAAAAAUCCCUACAAUACCAUGUGAAUCACAAAAUACGCCAUCUGUAAAUAAUACUCUUAAAAAACAAACAAUUCAUUUUAAUAGUAGCAAUAGUAGUAGUAGCAGUUUAAAAGAACUGUCAAAUUCUCAACAUCAUCCAUUGUAUUAUUCAGCAUCUGGAUCUCUGUCGUCAAUCAAUGAUACUCUAAAAUGGAAUAAACUAUCUCAACACAAUUAUUAUGAUCGUUAUUUUAAUUCUAGUAAUAAAUAUUGUACAUAUUAUCCAAACAUAGCUAAGGCAUCAUUUGAACUUCGCUCUACAGGUAUGAUGAUAUCUAGUGAUUUAAACAAACAUAAUAUUAAUAACCAAUCAUCAAUGAUUUAUAAAAAUAUUGAUAAUAAUGAUAAUGAUGAUAAUAAUAAUAAUAGUAAUAAUCCAUUGAAAUGUUCAACGUGUUCAAUGAUCAAUUCAAAUUGUACAUGUUAUCAUCCAAGGGAUAUCUUCUAUUCACCUAUAUAUUAUCAAAAUACAAAUGAUAUGCUUCUUAAUCAUUCAUCAGAUAAUAAUAGACAAAACAGCAUGUCAUCUAAUACGGAUUUGACACAUUCACGUUAUUCCUUACCAAUAAAUAUUUGUUCAGAUGAUAAUAGGAUAAUAAGUUGUCAGUUAAAUGAAACUGAUGUAGAAAAUAUAAGCCUGUUAAAUUAUUGGAAUAAUAAUGAACAGCCUCAAGAUCACCGUCUCCACGAGCAUCGUGCUCCUCCUCCUCAUCCGCCUCCUCAUUAUCAUGAACACUGUGAAGAAGAGAUUAUUCAGGUAUCAAUCCCACCGAAACAAAAACCGUCAAAAAACAAUCAGGUAAUAGAAGAUUUUUCAAAAUCACUCUACUGGAAUCAAUCUUCAAGUAGAAAUAAAACAAAAUUAACAAAAAAUAACAAUCACACGAAGAAGAGGCGGCAUUUUCUUCAACCGUCUACAUCACAUUUACAACAUUUCUAUCCAAUCAGUUUGAAUAAACUUUCGAAAUUAAGUCAAAAAGAACGUCAAUCACUGAGACGUAUUAAACAAGAUAUUAGUUAUAUAACAAAAGCAGCAAGACAAUUACAAGGCGAGUUAAAAGAACGUGAUUUAAAGGAGAGAAUUGUUGAACAAUGGAAAAUAGUUGGUAUUGUUUUAGAUAGAAUAUUUUUUAUUAUAUAUUUUAUAACAGUUCUUCUGUCUACUCUGCUAUUUCAUCCAACUCUUAUAGAUGAUUCGGUUGAUGAUUAAAUGGUAUUUUUCAAGUGUUCUCCUGGAUUCGACGCCACGUGAACUCAUGCGUGUGUGUGUGUGUGUACUGCGUACUUGAGAAGAGUCCCAUACAAGGAGGACUAAACAUC